UCCACCCGUCCAGAACAGUCGGCACCAUCGAUGUCGACGGCGACGUCCCAGCGCCUACACGUACGUGUACACCCCCGCACCCCCCUGACUUUAUCUCGCCGACAUGGUCACGGCCCUCCUAUAAAAUCACCACACCCGACACUGCUAAAUCAACAACACUCAUCACCGCCAACCAUCAGCUUUCAAUCUAGCUACCAGUUCCAGUUUAGCACACAGAUUUUUUCCUCGGGCCAACCUCCAGAUCCAUCAACAAUGGCGAACUCUGUGUCCGGAGUGGCGGUGAACGAGGAGUGCGUGAAGGCGUUCCAGGAGCUGCGGGCGGACCGCAAGCACCGGUUCGUGGUGUACAAGAUGGACGACGACGCGCAGCAGGUGGUGGUGGACAAGGUGGGCGCGCUCGACGCCACCUUCGACGACCUGGCGGCGGCCAUGCCCGCCGACGACUGCCGCUACGCCGUCUACGACCUGGACUUCGUGUCCGAGGACUCGGCCGGCGAGACCCCCCGCAGCAAGAUCUUCUUCAUCCACUGGUCGCCGGAGUCGGCGGACGCGAGGAACAAGAUGCUGUACGCCAGCUCCACGGAGGGGCUCAAGAAGGAGCUGGACGGCGUGCAGAUCGACGUGCAGGCCACCGACGCCAGCGAGCUCACCCUCGACAUCCUCAAGGACUACACCACCUAAGUUAAUCGAUGAAUCACGUACGCGCUUGGCAUCGCGUUCCUGCUUGGAGUUGGAUCGUGUCUUGUGGAUCCAAAUAAUGUUUUUCCAUGUGCAGCGGGGUGUGAAUAAUUGAUGAGUGGUUUUCUUUUCGGGAUUGAUAAUUGCGUGGUUUUUCUCUUCAAGAAUGAUAAUUGAGUGGUUGAUUUAUUCCUUC